GCAGCAGCAGCAGCAGCAGCGGCAACAGCAGCAGCAGAAGAGAAGGAAGCUGAAGCUGAAACCUUGGCACUACAACUAGCACACUCCAACCACCAGGAUGUUUUGCGUUUAUAUUUUCCUGCUGCUGACCCUGAGCAGAGCAGGGCUGAGCUCUCUGCAGGAUAAACAAACCGACUUUGGCCUGAAGGUUUUCUUCCAGCUGGGUCAGGCCUCUGCAAACAAGAACUUGGUCUUCUCCCCAUACGGCGUUGCCUCUGUCCUGUCCAUGGCUCAGCUUGGUGCUGCUGGAAACACCCAUAAAGCCUUAACUGCUGCCAUGGGCUAUUCUCUUCAUGGGCGAGGGAUGUCCCGGCAGCAGCGUCUCCUACAGCGGGAUCUGUCCAGCGAGGAGGGGGUGGAGCUAGCCAGUGGGGUGAUGGUGGAGAGGAAGAUGAGUCUGGAGAAGGGAUACCGCCGGGCCCUGGCCAAAGCCUUCCAGACCCACCCUCACCAGGUGGACUUUACUAAGCCAGACGAGGCAAUCGGCAUCAUCAACUCCUGGGUCUCAGACCACACUGCAGGUUUCAUCCCGGAGUUCUUGGAACGUGGAUCUCUGACUGAUGAGACCCGCCUGGUCCUCCUUAAUGCUCUCCACUUCCAGGCCCUCUGGAAAGUUCCCUUUGACCGUGCAAUGACCCAGGAGAGGAUGUUCCAUUGUGCCAAUGGCAGCGCAGUGCCCGUGCACAUGAUGAGACUCACAAACCACUUCAAUUAUGGCGAGUUUGUAACCGCUGAUGGGGUGGACUAUGAUGUCAUUGAGGUCCCAUAUGAGGGUGACUCACUCAGCAUGCUCCUAGUGUCACCCUUUGAGCCCGAAGUUCCACUGAGCACGCUCAGUGCAGAUCUGAGCAGCCAGAGGAUUCAUAAGUGGAAGGCAGAAAUGAGGAGUGUGAGGAGGCAGCUGGCCAUGCCCAGGUUUACUCUGGACUCUGAGGUGAAUUUGAAGACUGCUCUGCGUGACAUGGGUCUAGGAGACAUGUUCAACCUGGCUACCGCAGACUUCACACGCAUCAGCACUGAUGAACGGCUGUGCGUGUCGAAGGUCCUCCAGAGAGUGAAGAUCGAGGUGAAUGAGCGAGGAACUGAGGGAGCUGCGGCAACAGCUACUAUCAUGUUUUCUCGUAUGGCAGUGGAGGAGAUCACUCUGGACAGACCCUUCCUCUUCCUCAUCCAGCACAAACACACAGGUGCUGUUCUGUUCAUGGGUCAGUUCAACCAGCCUCAGCAACCAUAACCCACUCUGAAGACCUGCCUUCUUUCUGCUGUGUCUGACUGAGGCUCAUGUGCUACAAGACCAUAUACUCAAUGACCACACCAGACCACCAGGAUUCAUAUGACUGCUUACAACGCAAUAAUAGACUACUUAAGUAAAAAAGGUUUAUUUUUAUGUGCUUAGAACAAAAAACACUGGGACAAAAGAGUCAGAGAUUUGUCAUGACAAAGGAAAACAGGACUGACUGAGACAUUUUUGUUUGCUGUUUGUGUGUUUGCUGUUUGUUUAUUUAUUUCUCUGAAUGUUUGUGGUCUCUAAGACAGAAAGAAAUAUGAAGGAAAAAUGAACAAAUUCAUAGUAAUAGUAGUUUACUGUUGUUUGACACAAUAGACACCGAUGCACUUCACAUUGAGAGAUGUUGCUGCAGACUGACAGAUGGCUGCAUUAGUUCAAAAAAGGAUGGAUUUUUAAAAAUCUAUUUUUUCAGUAUUAAUCUUACUGUCUUACUGCCUUGUUGUUAAGUUGCAUUUGUAUUUUUUUGUAGUAUUUAUAUUUAUUAAAGUUCUAUGUUUUUACAAAACUGCAGUGUCUGUGGUG